CUUGGAUGUAAUUCCUUUUCCUCACUUCUCUUUUUACCUUUUUUCAGUGCUAUCAUGGCAUCACCAUCGUCAGGAGUCACUUUACCGCCUAUCAGUUCCUUACUCCCAGAAUCAAAAUGGUACCCUCGUUCUGCUAACAGCAACAAAAUACCCGACCUGUUGAGACCACCUGCGCUGGUUAUACCCGCUCCAAGCCAUAGCCACCAGCUAUUAUCGCCAGCGGCAUCUUCUCAUAGUCCAGUGUCACCUUACUCACCCACGUCGUCGCCAGACAAUGCUCGCUAUUUAUCCCCCAUUUCUCCCUCCCUGUCUCCUAUCGAACCUUCACAGCACACCCUAGACAACAGUAGUCAAUCGGGAGACUUUCAUUUACAAGUGCCAUCCUUUCAUUCUCAUCGCCGACUAUCCGACCCACCACCCAAAAAAUCCGCUGUAUCUCCCCAACUGGCCAGGAUGUCUCUUUCACCUGCCCCAGAAGAAGAAACCCGAGUUAAUCCCAUCCUGUUUACCAACACCGGUGAACCCAUACUGAAACGAAAAAGAGGUCGGCCACCUAAUUUACGCGAACCGGUGUGGGAAGGAGGGUGGACCUUUGUCACGCCGACAGUAUGGAACAUCACCUCUGCUUCCCCUGUGACUUCAUUAGAACAGGAGGAUACAGAAACCACCACGGCGUUCACAAGCUCCACCAUGGACACCGUACUGACCAUGCCCAAGAAGAAACGAGGAAGGAAACCCAAGACGCAUAUUGAAGGAAACUCUUGUUUUGUUUGGCGAGAUCUGACGGCUAGUGGUCAGCGUAAAGCCAAGGCUGCCAAGAGAGACAUCACUCCAGAUAUACCACCUGUUGACAUUUUAUGAUAGAUACUCCCCCCCCCCAUUGUACAGUUCCCCUUUCCAUGCUCUCUGAAUUUUUCCUUUUUACAUUUUGGUCUUUUUAGCAAACCAUGUACUAUAUAAAAAUCUUUUCUACGUUAAAUACGGGUGCACCUGUCGGUGGCUGGCUGGUCGUCAAGCAUCAAAGACCGAUUCAUCCAGUACAAUUCCAA